UUUAUAAUUUAUCUUAUUUAAGGGCAACAAUUUUGAAUCUGAAAUGGAUAAUAUUGAGACAGAAAAUCACAAAUUAAGAGACAAACAAAAUACAUUGGAAAUUGAUAAUGAUGUUGAAAAUAUUCAUAGAGAUGACUUGUGCAUUGAAAAUCCUGUUGGAUUUAUAUCAAAUUUACACGAAUCACAAGAUAAUAAUAGAAGUUUUGAUCUUAAGGAAGAAAAACUUGGAAAUGAAUUAGAUCAACAAACUAAUAUAAUGGAUCCAACUUCAUAUACAGAAUUAUUGAAUUUUGAAGAUACGUCACCAGAAUCAGAAAAUCUAGUUGAUGAUCAUUAUUCACAUAAUCUAGAUAUAGAAACAGAAACAUCCAAAAAAAGUUCAAAUAGUAUAUCAUCAGGGUUUGAAAGUAUAAAUAGUGAUAUCACAUACAUAACCCCUAAAUCCAUAAAUAAAGAAAUAUAUAAUAGCCAACUAAUUGUACUAGAGCCAAAUAAUCCUGUUAUGGUAAGAUUUCAGAAAGCACUGAAAUUACAUUUAUUAAAACAAAGAGAAAAUAUAAGAAAAGAAUUACAAACACUCGAUGGCUUUAUUAGAUCUAAACAAAAGGAAAAAUCUUCAUUUAUAAACGAAAUUAGUAAUGUUGCUUGUAGAGUUGACUCUCAGUCUAAGUUAUUGAAUGAAUUCCAUAGAAUGAAACAAGAAUUAAAAAUAACAAAAGAACGCGUAGAAGAAUGUAUUGAACAAAGAAAACAACACUAUACUGAAAUUCACACAACAACUACAAUUGAAUCAAAAAAAUUUUCAGCUUUAAAAAGACAACUAGAUUGUAGUCGAGGACUUUUAAAAGAGCUAGUAAAGUAUGAAAAAGAACAAGAAAUUACUUUUAAUGUUUGUAAUCAAAAAAAAUCUGAAGCUAAACAAUACAAAAAAAAAUUAUUAAAUGAUCAACAAAAACAGGAUUUGUUAUUACUAUCUUUAACCCAAGAAAUUCUUCGACUGGAAGAUCGCAUGAAACAAUUAGGUGAACUAGCAGAGACAAAGUAUAAUGAAAGAGAAGUUUUGAGACAAAAAGUUAUGAACAAUUCAACAGAUCUUGAUGCUAUUAAUGAAGAUAAUGCUAAGAUUACAUUGUUAUGGAAUGAUGUUUUAAUUAGUAUUCAACAAUGUGAUAAAUGUUUUCUGAAGACAAAAAAUGAUUUACAAGAAGCAAAAAAUAAAUAUCAUACAUUAUUAAUGGAGGACAACAGUUACAAACGUAGUGUCAAAGAAGAAUUUCAUAAAAAUAAAGAUCUAUUCAAUUAUUUGAAUAAAUUAAAACUAGAACAAAAUAACUUACAAAAUAAUUUUAAAACAUGUUUAAAUAAGUUCAACUGCUUGAAAGAGGAGUAUUCUAAACUAAUACAAAUGACAGAAUUUCAACAUCAAAACUUAGAUCAAAUUACAUCGGUAUAUUCUAAUUUAGAACAAGAUAUAGAAAAAAAUACUAAAUAUCUGAAUGAUCAAGGGUUUGCAUUAUCUUCAUUAGAUUCUGAAUUGAAAAAAUUAUAUAUUGAGAUUCAAAAUAAAACAAAACAAAUUGAUUUAGAAAAUAAACAAUUGGAAAUGAUAAAAAAAUUACAUAAUGAUGGUCAUAUCUUGACCCCUCAAAUGCAAAUUGAUCAAGUUAAAAAUAAAAUUGAUGAAGUAGUAAAAGGAACUAAUUUCAUAAAGCAAUCUUGGAUUCAACAACAAAAUAAAAACGUACAAUUAUUAGCUCAACUUAAUAAUCAAUUUAAUGAACUAGUAAAAGUACGUAAAUAUGAUUUAAUAAUGGAAACAAAAAAUAAGAAACUAGAUGAAGAAAUUGCAUCUUUAUCCAAAGAAGUUUAUCAAUAUAAACAAACACUUACAAAUAUGAGAAAUACAAUUUUAAAACUUAAUGAAAAAUUUAGCCAAAAUAAAGAAAAAAGUAAUAUGCUUUUGAGUGAAAAUGAAUGGAUUCAGUGUUCUUAUUUAGCUGAAUUGAAGGAAAAUGAGAAACUUUGUUUAGAAUAUAUAGAUCAAUUAAAGUUAUUAAAAAAUGAAUUGAAUGAAUUAAAAAAUGUUUAUAUGGAAAAACAAUAUGAAAGUAAAUCAUGGGACACCAAACUUCAAUUACUUAUUGAAAUUAAAAAUGAAAUUAAAAACAAAGAAGGUGAUUUAGGUGAUAUUGAUAUAAUGAAAAAUGAAAUUCAUAGAAUGCAGAUAAGAGAAAGUCAACUGAAAAAAAUAUUGGAAAAAAUAAUGUUAGACUUGGAAGUAUGCAUAUCAAGACGUGAAACAAUUUACAAUAAAGUUGCAGCUAAAGAUAUUCGUUUAAAGGGAAAAAAUGAAGCUAAACAAAAAUUUUUGAAGAAGCUUGAUUAUCUACGAAUAAAUAUCAAAAAAAUUAAAACUGUAACUAUACUGAUGAAUUUUUUUAAAACUUAA